UUUGUAGGGCUUCUGUCCAUUGGCGUGCACGAACAAACGUAGACCGAGACAGCAGAAUGUAUCUGAAACUUGGCUUUCUUCUUGUUUUGUUCUCCAUCGUCUUUGCGAAGACCUACUUUGAGAGGGAGGAUGGGAAAUUAAGAGAUCCGGAAGAGGAACUCAGAGAUAACUUCAUAAAAACUGAAUUGGAAGACCCGGGGCGAUAUAGAUAUAGAUAUCGAGCUCGACGUCUCGGUUGUUUCAAAGGCAAACGCAAAAUAUGUAGCAGAUACUAUACAGAUAACAAUACAUUGAGGUGGUCCUGCAGAUGUGUAUAAAUAUGGAUUUGAAGGGAUACUCGGAACGCAGGUACUUAACAGAACGAGUCGAAGAAAAGCCAAUUGGGGAAUAAUUAAAGAUCAACUUAUGAAUGAAACAAUAAACGAACGAGUCGAUCAACUGAA